GUUCCAUCAAGAGGCCACACAAAGUCUAAAGUUUCUGACCAUUUGUUUGAGUUUAUAUGGCGCCGGCAAAACAAAGAUAAUCUUUGGGAAAGUAUGUUGCAGUGUAUGAAAAAUACGGGAUAUUUUGAGGAGGAUGAGGACGAAAGAGACAAGAAUGAAGAAAAUGAAAAUAGAGAAAAUGAAGGGGAAAAUGAAGAAAAUAU